CUUCGCUGUCUUCCACUCAUCGUCGUUUCACUGUCCGGAGCUCAUCUUCUUCUUCACGCCUCCUCCAGUUCGGAUUUCCCCGUCCUGCUCUUCCCUCCCUUCCCUUCUCCUCCCCGCGCAUUCAACAGCUGAUUUUCGCGAGCCAUGGCCGCCGUCACGGCCGUGGCCGUCUCCCUCUCCUCCUCGCCGGCCGCCAAGGCGCCGGCGUCCCCUGCCGCCGCCCACUUCCUCUCCUACCGCCCGAGGGCCGCGCGGGCCGUCAUCCGGGCGCAGACGUCUACCACCGACACCGCGGCCGUGGAGGCGGACGCCAAGCCCAAGAAGGUCUCCAAGAAGCAGGAGGAGGGCGUCGUCACCAACAAGUACAGGCCCAAGGAGCCCUACGUCGGCAAGUGCCUCCUCAACACCAAGAUCACCGGAGACGACGCACCGGGGGAGACAUGGCACAUGGUCUUCAGCACCGAAGGCGAGAUCCCCUACAGAGAGGGCCAGUCCAUCGGCGUCAUCGCCGACGGCGAAGACAAGAACGGCAAGCCGCACAAGCUCAGGCUCUACUCCAUUGCCAGCAGCGCUCUCGGCGACUUUGGCGACUCCAAGACGGUCUCGCUGUGUGUCAAGAGGCUUGUUUACACAAACGAGGCGGGAGAGGUUGUCAAAGGAGUCUGCUCAAACUUCUUGUGUGACCUGAAGCCUGGUGCUGACGUCCAGAUUACAGGGCCCGUUGGUAAAGAAAUGCUCAUGCCCAAAGACCCCAACGCUAAUAUUAUAAUGCUUGCGACCGGUACCGGUAUUGCUCCAUUCCGCUCAUUCCUGUGGAAGAUGUUCUUCGAGAAGCAUGACGACUACCAGUUCAACGGUCUUGCAUGGCUCUUCUUGGGAGUUCCAACGAGCAGUUCGCUGCUCUACCCGGAUGAGUUUGAGAAGAUGAAGACGAAAGCGCCGAAUAAUUUCCGCGUGGACUACGCUGUCAGCAGAGAGCAGACCAACGCUCAGGGAGAGAAGAUGUACAUCCAGACCCGGAUGGCGGAAUACAAGGAGGAGCUGUGGGAGCUUCUGAAGAAGGACAACACCUACGUCUACAUGUGUGGGUUGAAAGGCAUGGAGAAGGGUAUCGAUGAGAUCAUGGUGACACUGGCUGAGAAAGACGGAAUUGACUGGUUCGAGUACAAGAAGCAGCUGAAGAAGGGAGAGCAAUGGAACGUGGAAGUCUACUAACUGUGGAUAUUACGUCGAUCUCAACAUUUGUGUUGUGUGUAUCUGUGCAUACACCUGUAUGUGCGUAUGGUCAAGAUGUACUACGUAUAUAAUGUAGAUAGUGGGGUUUUUUUCGAUUUUACCAUGGCUGUUUCUUUUCAGUUUUAUAUAUAUGUACUUGCAUUAUAAUUCCCACUCAAUUUGUAUCCAAAGAGUAAUAUUCAUACAGUCCACAAGUAAAAAGAGCUGUGAAGUCACUCGCCGAAUUUGUAAUUAA